GCAUACAGGAGUCCUCCCACAAUGCACCGCUUACAUCGACUGAGCGGCAGCCAGGUAGAAGAACAACAGAGCGGCUACUUCAACCGAAACAAACCUCGUAAAUAUAACGUCAGUGGACAGGUUUUAGGCGUGAGAAAGCGAGCCCGCGGUUGUUUUAGGACAUUUUUAGGCUUCCAGGAGGAGUUUCGGGCGGAUGCGGCGGUGAUAGCCACUCCUAGCGGCAGCUGGUGGCGGUGCUUCUUAGCAUCAGCUAGCCCGGUUAGCUAGUUGUAGCUGACGGGGCGAAGCUGUGAGAAAAGCCGCUGGUAACAUCAGACAGCUCGCCCAAACACGAACAGAAAAUAUACAUAUAUUUUUGAAUAUAAAAGAGUUGAAGUUACGUCUAGUUUUACUAGAUAGGAGACGCUGUGUCGGUGUAAAAAAGCGAGUGAGCGUUUAGUUUGAGUUAGCUAAGUUAAGUUAGCUUUUGUUUAGGUUGUCUCAGGCUGACAUCUGUAAAUACUGGAUUUAGCUAACGUCGCGACAAAAACACAAUGAGCUCCGAGGAGACUGCACCGUCCACUAAAGCCACUCCGGAGGAUGAUGGCAUGACAUGGUGGUACCGAUGGAUCUGCAAAAUAGCCGGGGUCUUAGGAGGAAUAUCCUGCGCCGUCUCAGGAGUGUGGAACUGUGUCACUGUGAACCCUUUAAACAUCGCUGCAGGGGUAUGGAUGGUGUUGAAUGCCUUCGUGCUGUUUCUAUGUGAAGUCCCAUUUUGUUGCCAGUUCAUAGAGUUUGCUAAUGCAGUAGCAGCCCGGGCAGACAAAUUCAAGCCUUGGCAGAAAGCCUUCUUCUACUGUGGGAUGGCUCUGUUCCCUGUUUUCCUGAGUUUCUCCUUCACAACAUUGUUUGGAAACGCCAUCGCCUUUGCUACAGGAGUUCUGUAUGGCCUUGCGUCUUUAGGCAAAAAGGGAGACGCGGUGACUUACGCCAGACUGCAGCAUCAGAAACAGGGUGAUGAGGAGAGGAUGACGGGAACGACAAACGGGGCUCCAGAGUGAGGCGCUUGCCUUCCCACUCUCUUCUUUAGUUCUUACCGAUGAAUUUUUCUCCCUGUAUUCCAUCCAUCAUACUUCUUCACCCCAUGCUUUCCUCCCUCCCACCUCUAUCACUACACAACAAUGGUAUUUGUUUUAUUAAUUUUCUUGAACUACUGCAUUCUUGUUGUCCUGACCUGAUAGUAUCCAAACAGAUUGGUGUUGGGUUCAGUCCAUGGGGGUCUCUCAGUGUGAAUCGAUACCUCAGAUUAUAAAUUUAGUUUUUACGAUUUUACUCCUGAGUUAUAUUUAUUGUCUUUUUCCCUUUGUUGUUUGUUGCUGUUGUUAGUUGUAAACCUUGUUUUUGCACGAAAAAAAAGAAAUGUGAGGUACAGCUUUGUUUGUUGCCCAAGAGCCUUUCAGGAAAUCCGAAUAGAAAUGAUUGUGAUGAUUAUUGUGCUAAAUAUACAUCAUUGACUUUUGGUUAUUCGGUUCGACUUUGAGGCUGUGAUUCAGAGUUGUCUGAUUUAGAGAGCCAGUAAAGGUCAAAUGAGGACAUUGACACCCAAAUAUUGCAGCUCUUUUGCAGCUGAUCAUUAUCAUCACAGUUUUAGGCAGUUUGGUUUUCAAUUCAACCAAUUUACCUUUAGCAUUGAAUGUAUGUGACGAGAAUUAAAAGUCGAGGUAACUGUGAAAGCUAGGGCUAGAAAAGUUACAUUUCCAUUCAAAAUUAGGGGAUCUUAUUAAAUACUUACAGACUGAGCUUUGGAUUUGAUGACAGAGGUUUUGUCUUAUUUGUGUUGACCAGGACUAGAUUACCAAUUGUAUUGAAAGAAACUGCCUGAACUAAAGAUUACAUUAUUCAACUUGACGGUUACAUGACAAAUCUGUAAAUAACCUCAAACGUUUCCUUAAGUUUUUUCCUGAGUUGUAUUUUGUUGGACAACUUUAAAUUAUCUGCAUAUCAGCAGACUACUAGUGGGAUUUGUGUUGAUGAUUUUAGUAGUUUUAGGUUAGAUUCAAGCAAGUACAUGAUGAGGAAAAUGUGGCAGUUUGAUUUCAUGUUUAGACUUCAACUACAGAAUUUAAUCAACCAAACCGAAAUUAUUGAGCAUCCCUCAAAAAAAAAAAAAGAAGCGUGAUUAUGGUGUUGCUUACAACUCUGAAUUUCAGCCUGAAUGCUUUUUAAACAUACAUAGAAAGGCAUUAUGACUAUUCUUAACAUUGGGGGAAUGUAUCUGGUAAACCCAAAGAUAAAGAUGGUUUCUUUAUUUUUGUUUAAUGCUUUCAAAUAUUCAUUUUUGUUCAGUUGGUCUUAGGCUCAGUUGUGGCAUUCCUGCACGAAACUUUUGGUAGCACAGCCUCUGGUAUAUAGGGAACUCAGUUAAAAGAUUCAGUGCAUUGGACAGCUUGUUUACAUUUGGUUUGUCACGAUCAAGUAGCCAGUUGCCAGGUGGGGCUGCAGAUUAUGUAAUAUAAAACUAGAAUUAUUUGAACUAGAAUGUAUUAUUUGUUCUCCUUUUUAAAAACAUCUACCUUUUUUGUAAUUCUUAUUUUGGAAUCCGUUACUGAAUAUCUGUUGUAUUUAUUCUUAGUCAUAAUUAGUACACUUUACCAAAACCUGUUAAAUUAUUGAUGUUAAUGAAAUGUAUUUAAUGAGGGGAAGUGUCUUGAUUCAGGGACUAUUUGGUCUGUAUCCCACACAAUGAUCAGAGCCGUGGUUUGCCUUCAUCACUCGAAUGAGGUAUGCAGUGGUCAGCAAUGUACUUUUUGUGUUGUUUUGUUGCCUUGCCGCCGUUGUGUUAUGUGUAACGAGGAUGCUUUGGGAAUAAUUGUUUACACGUACCUCUUACAGCCGUUUCUAUUUUAAGUCUAUUACUCGCUGCUGGAUUAUUGACACAUUACCACCAGCUCUCAGGUAUCGUACUUACCAAUGCAAAGCGUUAGUAGUUCAUGCAUAGAUCUUAGAUUUAUGGUAACUCACAUACAGUUAGCAUGUGUAAAACAUGGAAAACAUGCUCAGCCAGCAUUUAUGAGUGAUAGAACACUACACACACACACCAGCAGUAUGCUACAGUCUGACACUACACACUCUCACACGACAGUUUUCAUAAGACGUAGAAACACAAAAUCACCUCUCUCCUUGUUCACAGCCACCCACCUUUAUGUUAUUGCAGUGACUUGCAUCCAAGACUCCUUUUGAUUUGAAUGAAUUCACAUCUGCAGGUGUUUGGAGCAUAUUUUGCUGUAAGGGAUAUGUGUAAAAUGUGUGUUUUGAUGUGAAUCCUGAUCCUGUUAUCAUAAAGUGAAUUAAACAAACUUGCUACUACUA